AUGAGAGCUGCCCUUCUACUGGCCGUCCUGGGGGCCACCCUCGCCCUGCCACAUGGAUUUGAUCUUCCCACUCCAGGAACCCAGGCCCUGACCUGCCAGCAAGGGAAGCUGAGCUCCGUGUAUCAUACAGAUGAGCUGCCCAGGCGGUGGACGGCAGGGUAUGAAACCUGUGAGGCCGGCUGGGGUUGCCAAGACACCCUGAUGUUCAUUCAUAAUGGACCCCAGGUGGGCAUAGUGCUCACCAAGGGCUGCACCCCGGAGAAAGACCAGGAGGUGAGCAUCACAGAGCACAGGUCCGGCCCUGGGCUCUCCAUCAUCUCUUACACCCAUGUGUGCAGGGACGCCGACUUCUGCAACAGCCUGUCCACCAGCGCCCCGCUCUGGACCCCAAGCUUCUCCACAGCUCCCCCAGCCCUAGGGCGCAUGCAGUGCCCCACCUGCCUGUCCACAUCUGGGUGCGAGGAGACAGGGACUGAACUCCCCUGUCCUGCAGGAAUCACAAACUGCCACAAAGGUGUCCUUGUGCUCAGAGGAGGAGGCAUCAAUACCAACCUGGAAGUCCGAGGAUGCAUGGCCCAAGAAGGCUGCACCCUGCUUAAUGGGACCCAGAAAGUCGGGCCUAUGAGCACAAGUGAGAACUGCAAUACUAUGGAGUUUAUGACCUGCCACUCAGGACUCAUGGUGAACCUUCUUCCUGCUGCAUCUCGGGAGCCUGUUGACUGGCAAACAUCUGGGACCACGCUAUGUGGCAUCGGAGAGCUGUGCCAGGAGACACUGCUGCUCUUUGAGUCAGGACACAAGCCCCUCUUACUGGGGGGUAAAGGCUGCAGCUCACCUGGCUCGCAGGAUUCUCAGGACAUCUCCAUACACUCGGGACCCCCCGGAAUGUUCGUCGCCUCCUAUGACCAUGUCUGCUCCUCCAGCUUCUGCAACCGGGCUGAAAAUAGCAGUGUCCUGUUGGACGCCCUCCCACCCCCAGGUGGCCCUGCCCCUGAUGGCUUGAAGUGUGAUGGCUGUGUGAAUGUCUAUGGAUCAUGCUCAGACCCUGAUAUCGUAACAUGCUCUGUGGGUGCCACUCAUUGUUAUGAUGGUUAUGUCAGUCUCAUUGGAGCUGGGCUCUCCACUACAAUGAAUGUUAAGGGCUGCAUGGCUUCAAAUUCCAGCAAGUUGUUCAAAACUCCAAAUGCUGGAAUCUUCUCUGUGAGUGAGAGCUUCAGUGACCCUCAUGCCCAGGAUGGAACUGCUCCUGCCCCCUCCCUGGAUUGGAUGUUGGGGCUGGUUGAUAUUCUCCCAACCUCAUGA